AUGGCGACCGUAACUCGCUGUCUUUACAUUUUCAUUUUCUUUCUGGUUUUACUCGCGUCAAGUUUAAGCAAACCGUUAAAUAUAAGUAGAACACUUUCUUUAGGUAAGGAAAAUGAUACAAAACGCAAGAAAUCUUUACUCGAAGAUCAUAUCAAGGGCUUGAAGCUUGAACGCGACGGACAUGUCAACAAGGAGUAUCACCACGAAGCUUUUCUGGGAAAAAUGGUAGAAGAUGGCGUGCUUUUGUUUGACAACGUAGACGGUUCUCGACGGCUUAUCGAAAUAUUUCAUAAGGUUGAUAAAAAUGAAGAUCAUAAAGUGAGCAAGGAAGAAAUGAAAGAUUGGAUUCAUGAAAAAAUUAAGGAACACAUUCAAGAGGCAAAAGAUAACAAUCAUCGAAUGUUUAAAAUUGUUGAUCGGAAUGGUGAUGGCGUUGUGACCUGGGACGAAUUUCGACUGAAGUUUAGGGAGGAUAAUGAAACUAAAAAGAAGGAUUCAACUGAAUUAGGUAAGUUUGCUUUUAAUUCUCUUCGGCGUUGUCGACCUCAGCUAUGAAAAACUCUUAGUAUACACAAGUGGAACUAAAUAGUUUAUGUCCUUGCGUGAUAAACAUACAAAGGAGCUUUCAUUUUUGAAGAUAACUUAAAUUUCGUGCGAAAUAGUGAGAGACUUUCUAUUCAUUGCAUUCGAAAAGUAAAUUCAAUUAAGAUCGUGAUUUGGAAUUGCUGUAUUGUAUUAAUUAGUUUUUCGUUAAUUCGUGGACCAACGUACAGUGCAGCUGUACACGUGUACUGUAUGCGUCAUCGUUAUUAAACUUUUGCAGGCGUGCUAAAAGCUAGGUGGAAAAUCACAGUUGUCGCUCGUCAAACCAACGUGAUAACUAGUAGCACACCAGCAUGGUCUUAAUUUGUGACGGUGAAAUGUUUUGUAAGGUGUAUUUGUUACCAUAGACACUUCUCUGUCUGUGUCCCCUCAUUACUCUAUCAGCCCAUUUUCAUUACCAACAAAAGGGAGAGAGAAAAUAAAGUCUGUCCAAUUCAUACUCCCUCUACGUAAAGGAAAACGAAAAUAUGACCCCCAAGAAAAUAAUAGCAAUUUUAGUUACAGAAUACCCAGCAAAUAUUAUUAGAUGCACCUUAUUUCCAUUUAGUUAUCAGUGACAGAACCCCUUGAAGAAUUGGGUGUUAAACCAAGUGGUUGCCUUCUGCCAGUUGGGGUUUUAAUCCUGUUAUGUUGUAUUUGAAUUAUUUGUUUCCAGAUAUUUGAGUGGGUUGCCUGUAAACUAGCUGGAUAAGCUAAUGCACUUUCCACUACAGCGAGAUACCAUUGUUAUUUAAAAUUGAUGAAUCUAAUUUGCAGAGUAUUUUUCAGUCUAGCAACAAUUUACCCUUCCCCCAAACUGUUGUAACCCUUUCUCCCUCCUUUCCGGACGAAAUAAAAUGAAACAUUCCCUAAAGGGAAGACUAUUCAAAGCACAAAGGGCAAGCGGUAAAACUAAGUUUCAUUGCGCUCUGUUCACUCAGACAAGGAAAUGUGUGGAUUUUGAAAUGGAAAAUGUGACUACUGUAUCUCAACAGAAUUUCUAUGUGAAUAGAUUCAUUGUUAUUUCAUAAAUUACUUUAGACCGUGCAAAAAGUUACUUUACUACAGUUUAUUUUGACAUCUAAAUGAAUGUCAGUAUAUUUUUCACCCUUUUUGUUUGACUCACAUUGGAAGUAAAAAAGAAUCUUGAUGUUUAUCCAGGUGGUCUUAAGAUGAGCUUAGUAAGCAAACUAUUGGAAAACUUGUGUAUAUUCCCUUUGGGUGGUUUGUCAUUCAACUGUGUAAAUGCAGAUCAAUGAUAAAUUCAGCAUUUUCUCAGGUUUUAUGCUUGUGCUAUGUCUCUGAUUUUGGCCAUGAUUCUUGGGUGGAAGGGAGUGAAUGAGGAGGAUUCUCCAGAAGGUUUGAUGACUGGAGAAAAUCUUUGUCCAGUUUUAGAAAAUAAUAAUUUUUCAGUUGCCGUAGCAAAUGCUUGGUAUUUGUUUCUCAGCACUAUUGUUCAAUAAAAAUAAACAAAUGAUACAAAAUAAGGCAGAUAUGGGUGAAUAAAAGUGUCAUCCUCUUGGCUAAGAUUUGUUCCCUGCUUGCUCAAAAAGCACUGAAACACAACUUUAGGUUUCCAGAUAAUUACAAUUCCCCAGUGGAGUGAAAGAGUUAAGUUUAACUUGAGGAAAAGCUGACUUGAAAAUGACUUGAAGUUCCAGUGUAAACCAAACCAACACUUCUUAAGGGGCUGGUUUACUUUAACAUUCUUUCACAUGAUAAUUUGGUGUAGGAGUAAUGGUUAGUUUGACUUCAAGAAAAGCUGGCUUAAAAUAGACUUGAAGUUCUUGUGUGAACCAAACCAAUACAAUUUAAGGGGCUGAUUUAUUUAUAGAGAUAGAAAGAUAGAUUAUUUAGUUUAUUUAUAAUCACAUUGCAACCGAGAGGUUGAAUUAGGUGAUUAUUCAAAAUAAUUAUGAUAACUUAAAAACACUACCCCUAAUAAGCUAAUUUAUGAGAGCGGGGAGAAGGCCGUGGAGCUUAUUCUCUUUUUGCUGUACAACUUCCUGAAAUAGUUUGUCUACAAGUUCCUGGCAGAGGUCUGAAAGUUUAAUUAGGCUUGAUCCAACCAAAGACUCUUUGUAUGAGCAGAAAGUGAAAAUAAUGUGCAUAGCUGGCCUUUGUACUCCAUCAAAAUCAUUGGAGAGAUACUUGGAAAGAAUGUCGUGAAAGACAGGACCAUGCAUACUCCUAGAUAGGGCGAAUGCAGAAAAACUGAACUAGCUCUCGGGUACCUAGGCCAGAGCGUUUAAGCUGAGAUAAACAGUUACUGUAGGCACUUCUUAGCUUUCUUUGAUAAUGGAGUCAAUGUGAGAGUUCCAUUUCAAAUCACUAGAGACAUGGAGGCCUGGUAUUUUGGCAGUGGCAACUAAUUCAAUUGGCAUGUCGUUAACUACAAUGUGGUCGAAUGACGUGGUUUUCUUAGUGCUAAAGUUUAUGUGAGGCUCCUUCUAUUUUGUCUUGUUUAGUUGAAACUUGUCCGCGAAAGCGCCGUUGACCAGGGUGUCAAUGGCGGCCUGGAUUUGACUUUCUUGGUUCUUGCUUAUUGUCUCCAAGAUGGUGGUAUCGUCGAGGUAUUUCCAGAGAUUCAUGGCAGGAGCAUCAAGCUUGUUGAUAAUGAUGAUGAACAGCCAUAGCCCCAAUUUUGUGCCUUGGGGAACCCCUAUCGGGACAACACCCCAUUCUGAGAAGCAGUGAGGGCCAAGCUUAACUGGGGUGUUUGUGUGAAGUGAGGAAACUGAUGAUCCAAGAGAUAACAGGGUCAGGGAUGUCAUAUAAGCAAAGCUUCCUGACAAAAAUAUUCUUUCACAUCAUGUGAUUAGGGAGUGAAAUGGUUAAGUCUGAGUUGAAGAAAGCUGGGUUAAGAAUGACUUGAAGUUCCAGUGUGAAGAAAACUGACAUGCCUCAAAAAGGGCAUUUUUAUUUACAGUACUUACAAUUCUUUCUUUAGUGUAAAUAAAACCAGUAUUCCCGGAGGGGCUGGUUUCUUUUAGCUUGUAGGAGCAUGCUCCUGUGGGGUAGUAGGUUUCUUUAUACAGUACAAUUCUCUCACAUCAUAAUGUGGUGUAAGAGUGAAAGAGUUUAGUCUGACUUAAAAGACAGCUGGCUUAAGAAUGACUUGAAGUUCUAGAGUGAACAAAACAGGGUGCAAAGAAAAUCAUUUUUACAGCUUGCCAUUCGGGCAAGAUGAAGCUAACAUUUACUAGCCCAGCCGUCAUUUUAACUAGCUCCAAAAUCUUUUUGAAGAGCAGAAUUGAUUUCACAGUUCUUCUGUUAUUUGAAUUCCUCAAAAAACAUCACUUGCCCGUUGGGCAAGUUGAAAACAGAAUUCACUAGCCCAAGAGCAAAAUCCACUUAAGCCCUGGGGAUAUCGGACACGGGCUACUUUCUUUGCACGCUACAAAACCAUUUUACAUUCUCUCCUGUAGAUGAUGCUGGUACUCCUGAGGAAGUGAUGUCAGAAUAUUAUGCUAAGUUCCGCAGAGGAGACAUGAACCUGGAUGACAAGCUGGAUGAGUCAGAGUUCCUGUAUUUUCAGCAUCCUGAGCACAAUCCUCAGAGCACCAAGGAUUUAGUUGAAGAUAUGAUUGAAAAUUUUGAUCGAAAUCAGGAUAAGGUGAAUUGUCAACAACAUGGCCUGAUUCCGGAUUGAUCUGAUUCCACUUUCCCCAAGAGUCCUUAGAUUGUGUGAGAAUCAAGUCUAUGACAACAAUGAUAAAUAUCAAUUUUAAACAAUUAUUGGAUGAGGUUUUUUUGUGAUAUUCCAAAUAAUCAAGGUAGUGGUUUAAGUGUUAUUUGGCCUCGGCUGAUAACACUUGCUGAGACCAUGAUUAUUGCGGACAUUACAAAAACUGAUUUUCCAUUGGUUUGAAGAAAAUGAUGACAAACCCAAUCUCACACAGAAUGCAGUUUGAAAUUUCUCUUGGAAGUCAUGCACUACAUUGUAUGCAGACAACCUACAGAUUAGUCAGUUAUCUGCUAGCAAAUAACUAACUAAUCUUAAUAUUGCAUUGAUUUCCAAAAUAAUCUGUGAAGGUUCUUAGCCAACGAGAAGGCAGAUAAUGAAUAUAGUGUAUAAAUUCUAGAUCCAAUUAUGUUACUAAAGAAAUGGGUAUUAAUUUUCGCUAUCCCAACUUAGUCACUUAUUGACCCAUGUUUUUAGAUUGAAUGAAGGACCCUUUACUUUUCAUCUACAGAACAAACAUUCUGGUACAUUUGCUAACUGUAAAUGUGAAGAACUGUCUUACCCCCAAAAAUCCGAAAAUGUGCGACCCCAUUCUAGUAACUCUAUUGAAAAUGCAACCCCAAUAUAGUCAAUCCAGUCAUGAAAAUGUGACCCCAUCUAGUGGCACAUCCCCAAUAGCCUCUUCCCACUUGCUACUGGUAAAAAACAAUAGUUUCUUGUAAAAUGACUGUGAGGGUUAUAUAUUUGCCCAAAAGUGACUAAGAUGGGUUCCAUAAUUGGCCACAGAAUAGACUAUAAUGGGCUAUAGGGGCUCUUUGAGGCCAGCGGCACAUACCCAGUGAAAAUUAACCCAAGUACCCCUCCCCCUGGCCCUUGUAGAAUGCACAAAGACAACCCCUGAGCCGUUUUAAAAAAAACACUAACCAGUAGUGUUUUGUAAAUAGUAUUGGUUUGAUAGAACCCUUUGGUAAAGUACAUUAAGUCAUAUUAAAAGAGACUUUGUUUAUAAUGUUUUAUAAUAAUAAUAAUAAUCUGUCUGUUUAUAAUAUUUUUAAAAUAAGUGCUGCUUUUCUUUGAAGGUGCUUACAAAGAGUGAGUUCAUUCGCCUGCCCCCUGGUGAAGUGGACACUCAGGAAGAAGCCAAUAUGGAUAAUGAAUACGUCAAAGAGUGAGUACAUGUACAAUAAAAUACAGCUCAAUUAAGCGGCCUCCCUCCACUAAGUGGCCAGUAAUUAAAGUGCUGAAAUAAAUGUAGAAAUAAUUUUAAAUGAAACCCUCUGAUGUGGCCACCUUAUGGCCAUCCCCACAAGAGUUCUGCCACUGUUGUCACCUGUAUUAUUAAAAUGGCCAUCAUGCGCUUGAUACAUGUACACUUAGUUGAGCAUUUUUUUUUUGUAAAUAUACUGAAGCAAACUUUUUAGCAUACUUUUUGUGUGCUGCUUUUUAUUCAGUAUGUAUUGUACUCCAGCUGUCUUGGAGUUGGACUUUCCUGUCAGCACUUCCUACUUACUUCUUACUUCUUACGCCCUAUAAAUGUCAGUGAGAAAACAUAUAGGAAAAUCGUGCAAAUUCCUCUUAAAGGCAGUUUAAAGAAAAUGAUACUUUUAUUGCCGACAAACAGUAUAUGUUGUCAUUUUUGGCCUGGGUUGCUCAACGAUUUUCUGGCACUGUUACAUAUUUGAAGAUGUUAAAUUAUUGCUCAUUGCACUAAAUUAUUGUAUACAGGAAAAAAAAGUCUCACUUAAAUUUAGACUUGGAAUCAUUUUUCCUUUUUUUUAGAGUUUUUAUUGUGUAACCUUUAUUUAUAACAUAGCUGAGGUGAGGUGUAUCUUCUGAUUGGUCAAUGCAUCAUUUUUUACUAGACUUCAGUCUUCGUUAAGGUUUUUAUUGAUAGCAACUGUACAGAGAUCAUUCAGAAUAUCAUGAAAGCUCUUCCACUCUACAUUUAGACUGCAAAACAGUCGGUUUUUUCCUCAAAAUCAGUAAAGAAAUCGGUAAAGUGUGGCGUAAGAGUCUUACGCGAGUGUAGGGCGUGUGAGGCGAGAGGAAAAAACCCACUGUUUUAGCGUCUCUCCCCAGUCUCGCUCUCUGUUUUCAGCCUCGUUCCAGACCUUUUGUUUGACUGCUUGCGCGUACUUGAAUACGCAAAAAUACGGACUGUUUUGCAGUCUAAUCUACAUUAAGGAGGAAAACUACUAUUUAGGAAAACAUUUGCUUGUUAUAGAUAUCCGAACUUCUAUCGCCCUCGCCUACAUCUUGAGCUACUCUUGUGCUCUUUUUGUGCUUAACCACGUCCUGCAUGCAUCUAUAACUCGAUGGCUGCACGCGUUUACCAUGUCUUUCUUUUUUGUUGUAUUAUUUUUAACUUUCUUUUUCGCUUUGAUGUACGACCCGCAAAUGGUAAUGUUAGUGUUUUUCAAAUUUCACUGCAUGGGGGAAAGAUGAAUGACAAACGGUGAAUGAUAAAUAAUUAAGGAUGCAGUCUAUACUUAUAACAGGAUACCCAGCUUGAUUCGUUGUUAUAAUCCUGUUUCCUGUACAAUAAAGCUAACAUUUCUUCUCUUAAGGUUAAAUUAAAGCUGUAAGAAAAACAAAAACAAAAACAACAAAAGCAAAAACAAAAAAAAAACAAAAAACAAAAACAAAACAACAACACUGCAAGCAAACAAAAUACUGCAAGCUGCUAAAUAAUUUGUCAUCAUCAUCAUCAUCAUCAUCAUCAUCAUUAUCAUCAUCGCCACCACCACCACCACCAUCAUCAUAAUCAUCAUCACCAUCACCAUCAAAAUAGGUAGAUAAAUGAAUAAAUUUAUAAAUUUAUAUUAUCUGCGCCUUUCAAGUUAACUUUCCGGUACACAGUCUAUUUGUAAUCUUUUUCGUCUUGUUUCAAUUUUUUCAUUGUAAAAGGAUAGGUGAAGGUUUGUGUCUCCUCUUCUUAACAGUUUCCUGAACGUACUUCGAUAUUCCUCCCCUCUCAAGGCGUACACCCACGGAUUAACCGCGGAGUUGGAAAAUGCAACAAACGCGGUCCAAAACCACCGCUGUUUAAGCUGUAUUUUUAAACAAUCAUCUGCAAAAAACGUCUGAAUAGAAGGUAAUACGAAAGAAGGUGACCAUAAAGUUAUGAAUAGGCCAAUGAUGAUGGCGAUGGUUAGCGCUAUUUUUCUCUCCUUGAUGCUGUUCAUCGCUGCCUUUCUGCCCGUCUCGCUGCUGACGGUAACCACUUGAAUUUUCUUAGCUUGAGAUCGCGCUACCUUAAAAAUGUGAACAUAGCAGUAAGCAAUGACACAUAGAGGAAUGAAAAAGGUGAUUGUACACCCCACAAUCCAAAACUUUUGUAGGUCCAACCGAUCUUGUAUCAAGGCGCGAGGAAGAAGAGCCAAACACGCGGCCAGCCAUAUCGAACAUAUUAUGAUCCUACAUCGGCGUUCGCUGAGCGAUGUGUCAUAGCGAAACACGUUUACUACCGCUAAAUAUCGAUCGAUCGAGACAGCGCAAAGGUUCAGUGAUGUGGCGACGACGGUGUGGGCGGCUAAGCACUCUGAUGCUAUUGUGAGUGGUUCUUUUUCCUCCCAAAUGUUCAUUGCGCUCCUAGUUGCCCAUAUUGGAUUAAUCACCAGGCCGACAAUGAUAUCUGCCACGGCCAAAGAAGCUAUGAAGUAGUUAGAAAUUGUAUGAAGACGCGGCUGUUUGUAAAUUGUCAGUAAAACCAAUAGGUUUCCACCUAUGGAAGCCAUACCUGACAAACCGUUUAAAACUGUAAGUGCAGCCGAAGAUGGCUUGUUUAGAGCGCCCUCGCACAUGGCCUGCUCUUCAGGUCCAGUUCCGUUCAUUUUUCGAAAUUUUAUGGGACGUCCUUUUUGUGCUUCUUUUACUUUUUGGGGGGUUUGAUCCACUUUCCACUGUUUUUGUUAAAACACACCGCUAAAGUGCAAACCGCUUGUUUACACUCCUCUUCAUGGCAGGUGAAGUUGCCUAACUUAGUUUCACGUGUAGAAAAUGAGGUAUUUGAUUUUGUUUGUUGUAAUCAAGUUUAUUGAAAGAGGACUAAGAAAAAGCGGUGGUUUGCUUUCUAUUCACCUUGUUAUAAAGUUUAUGAAAGCGUCUUGAAUCUUUUAUUGUUUUAAUCAAGUACAAUAAUAAUGAGUCUUUUCAAUGAUAUUAUGAACAAGAUUUCAUCACUAAUAUUACUUUCCAAACUUCUGUUACUAAACAGCUUUAGUUUAACCCCUCUUUAGAAUAUCAUGGCGCUCAAUAUCUUUACCAAAAAUUAACGAAAGGAUCUUAAUCUUCAAUACAUUACUUUCGAUUUACCGCGUGCAAUAUUCCCUAAAGCAUCAUCCAACCCCACCCGGGUGGAAUAACCGGAUUCUCAUGUGAAGGCUGUCGAUAGUUUCAUUUCGAUAGUUCAUUGAAGAACAGUGCAACAGUGUAGGAGAUUUUAGACACAGAGGUUAAGGUUAUUUGCGAAGAACGCCUCUUUUCGAUAUUUUAGUAGAAAUUGUGUUCUAUGCUCGCCAUACAUCUGCAGCAAUUUUUGGCUCCGAUAAAAGUAAAUUUCCAACUGAGUGGUAUUAUUUAUUGCUCUAUUCAAAAUUGUAUUAAUGUCCCUUGUCCCAUGCAGUGCUAGGAACCGGAAAUUUACUUUGGUCUGGGUUUCGUUAUUGCUUUUGAGUUCAGUAUGUUUUGUUAAAGGUUAUAGAAAUCGUUUUUUUUCACAGUAAGUACAUUGACGGUAGGGAUUUUCAUUAAGAUUUGAUGCUAUUCACAAUAGAAAAAAAUUUAAAUUGAUAUUUUCGGUCUUAGAUUAAUUCUUUGUUCUUAGCUCUGUAUAUAUUUCAUUUGAUGUAUUUAGUUCAGUAGUAUACACUACCUCACGUGCUAUUUACUCAUAUCGCGUCAAAAUAAAGGUUUCAUGCCAGUAUGUGAUGUUAUGCCCUCGCACUGCUGCUGAAUGAAUCUGCUACACCGCUGUGAAUUUUUGCAUUUGAAGAUUAUCUUUUUUAAACUAGUGCGAAUUAACAGAUUUAAAGAUUGUAUACUCCCUGGUUUGUACUAAUGAAAGUUAUUUGCGGGAUUUUCUUUUGUUUGAGUUUAUUUUCAUAGCUGAAAGAUAAUGUUUAAAAUUUCAGAUCUAAUUGCUAGCUGCUCUUUUAUGAUUCAACGUUUGUUUUGUCUCGUUUGUUGUUGUUGUUGCUGUUGUUUAUACCUAUUUAUACGGCGUAACAAACUGUUUACUUGAAUUCUUCUCGGAAAGGUGCACCCUUGGAAUUAAGUUUAGGGGCAAAAUACAACGCGCGUUUCAUUAAAAAAAAAGAAAACAACCAGUGAAAAAGUUAUAUACAAUCCUGUCGAUGUAAGAAUUUCAGUCUCAAACAAGUGUCAGGUUUGAUGGGGGGAAGGGGGAUCCGCCCCGCGGACCCUCCUCCUGGAUUCGCCAUUGUUAAACUGAAUGAACGAAUUGGUAUUUCUGUUGGUCAUUUAGUUGAGAAUGAUCAAAAUGCUAUUAACGUCGGUCAACGUCUUGACGUUGUGCACGGUCAAGUCCGUAAAAGCUAUUCACAAAAAAACUUACAAAACAGAUUUAAAGCCAAACAGAUUUAAAGCUAAACAGGCUUUAUAAGACUUAUAACCAUUGCUUGCACUUUUUAACUUUGUGUGGAUAUAUUUUUAGUUUGAGUAUAUUUGCAUCUUAACUAUAUAAUUAUGAGGAUGAUUUCUCGAACUUUUCUCUUGACCUUUAAACAGAAUCAGAAUCUGCAAAGUUGCAAUUAACAGUAAGGUAAACACGCAGAAGAAUUAAUUAUUAACUGAAGGUGUCUGCUCACAUACAGGUUUAAAGAAAUUCGAUAUCCUAAACGUUGAUCUAAAAAUGAAAAACAAAAAAUUAAAAAAUGUGAAAAAAUAAUACAAUAAAAUAGUAAGAAUAAGUAAUAAUAAUCAUGAUCAUAGUCAUAAUUAAGUUAUAGACGAUUCUUCAAUUGACUAGCCUGCGAACAACAGACAUUUCUCCUCGCUGCUUGUCGCGUGAAGAUACUUCCCAAGCGGCAAGGAGCGAGGAGAAAGAGCUGUAUUCGCAGGCUAUAAAUUGACAUGGAUACACAUUUUCCUAUACUUACUUUAAAUUCGUAUAAUAAACUAUAUCAGACGUAACUAACGACCACUUCAUUUCUCGCAUCCUUUACUCUUCUUACUUUUAAUAAAAUAACCGAGAUAGUACGUGCGUUCUGAUUGGUUAAAAAUCUAAGGUUUAGUGUGCCGGUAAACUCAAAGAAAACUUAAAGUUAUUUUAUACAAGCAAUAGACCACACUUUCUAUGGGUUUACCGGCGUGAUAACCCACUUGGGAUGUUAGGAGAACAAUCAAAAGUCUUGUAAAUCACUCCCAACAUCCUACAUCCCGCGUGGGUUAUCACGCCGGUAAACCCCAUAGAAAGUGUGGUCUAUUGCUUAAAUAACCUGUACAUUUAUUUUCCCAGACGCGAGGAGGAAUUCGCUGCAAUGGACGAGAACGGAGAUGGAAUAGUGAACUCAGAAGAGUUAACUAAAUACUUGGCUCCAACCCACGAGCAGCGCGCGAUCAACGAGGCAAAUUACCUACUACGAGUGGCUGACAGAGAUUAUGACGGGUUUCUAUCAGAGCAGGAAAUGAUUAUGAACUAUCAGCUUUUCACUGGAAGCAGUAUGGCCAACUAUGCGGCAUAUCUGCAUGACGAAUUUUAGAACAUAAACUUCUUUUUUCCAUUGUAGAUAGACUAAUACCUUAUUUGUUCGAAUAAGCGCCCGAGCGCUUAUUUCAAAAGGGUGGAGUGGGCAUUGAAUAGCUCAUUACGUUUACAUUUCUGUAUACUAAAACUGUAUUGUGGCAUUGACCUUUUCUGAGUUAUCGUCUAAAAUUCAGGCUACUUUUGAAACACACGUGUACAGAGUUGCCUAGAACCGGUUAUAUUAUCAAAGUCUGCCAAGUCAAAGUGUUAAGAUAAGCAAUUGAUAGCCUGCCAGUAAGCUCUCCAGUUCGAGUGGCGAGCGAAGCGAGCCGCGAUUUUCUUUCGCGUGCGGCUCUUGGGUGACUUCUCAGGACUCCUCCAAAAAGAGAAGAGCUCGCUCACAGGCUAAGCAGUUCACAAAGGACUGAACUUUCCUUCUGAUCUCUCCAUCAAGAAAGUGAUCGGGGAGGGAGAGGGUAAAUCGCUAGUCUGGCCUCGGGGACCGCUUAUUCGAAGAAAUACGGUAACUGAAUUUUCUAAGGUUUUAUAUAGUGUAACUCGAAGCUGCCAAAAUAAAACAGUAAGUAAUGACAAUCUAAGAAUUGAAACUGACAGAUACAAUCUUCCUAAAAUAAAAUUCCUGAGCCUCUUAGGAUAUGUCAGCUUUGCUUGUCGAAUAAAGUAGAGAAUGAAAUUCAUUUUCUAUUCAAAUGCAAUUU